CUAAUGAGACUCCAUGAGCAGUGAAUCGAGAGCAACGCAUCAAUCUCGUUCGCUACGAUGAAGCAUCUAGUUGUCGCUCUUAUCACCACCCUUUCGUUUUCCGUUGUUCUCGCAGAGGAGGUGCAGUAUACUACGAAAUACGACAAUAUAGAUGUGGACGCGGUGAUAAACAGCGAGAGGCUGUUGAAUGGAUACGUGGGUUGUCUGCUCGAUCGAACUCCCUGCACCCCAGAUGCGGCGGAACUCAAGAAAAAUCUACCGGAUGCGUUAGAGCACGACUGCGCCGGAUGCAGCGAGAUGCAAAAAAACGCAGCCGACAAAAUCUCUCAUCAUCUGAUCGACAAUAAGCCGGACGAUUGGAGACUUUUGGAGGACAAGUAUGAUCCUACCGGGGCAUAUCGACGACGUUACUUGGAGAACAAAUCUCAAGAAGGGGGCAGAUUGGAUUGAAAUUGUUCUUUGCUUUGUAAUCCAGCCAGCAUAUGUAUUCAAAAGACGUUCUAGCAUCCUGAAGAUCUUCCUUCGUAUGUUAAACACACCUUCGGAAUUCUUUUGGAUAUGCAAGCUGUCUAGAAAGAAUCAUGAUCUUUAAUUUUAUGUCGACUACGGCUAUCCUUUGGAGUUGAUUGCUUAUCGUAAUCCUUGUCACACAGCUGUUUCACUUUACAUAACAAGAUCUUUCGCGUAUUAUCCUCCUUCAACAUGGAAGUUUCCGUGCAAAAAUAAAGUCAUUAAAAUGA